AUGCGGAGCGCCAGUCUCCUCGCCGUCUUUGCGCUGCUGGCAGUCGGCCUCGGAGCUGCAGGGGCGGAUGCCGAGCUGAAGGACUUUUCACCCGUGGAGCGUGAGUCCUUCCCAGUGAACCGCAGGCUACAAGGCCUUCUUCUGCCCAUUAUUGCAGAGAAGAAGAAGUUUGUGAUUCCCAAGUUCCCCUUGGUGAAGAAGCAAUUCCCCAUCGUGAAGAAGGCCCAAACACCCCCUGCAGUUGCUGGCACCACCCCUGCUGUUUCCGGUGCCCCAGUAGUCACCACUGGAGUGGCUGUGGGCCGGCGCCUGCUGCAGGAUUGA